GUGGUGUUUGCCGUCGUAGCCGCCGUGCAGGUGGAGUGCGCGCCCAACCAGCUGUGGCCAGCUGCCCCGAAGCCGUCUUCCUUCGCGCCCACCAAGAAGCCCAUCUUCGGGGCCAAGGAGGCACCGGCGAAGGUGGACAACGCCCUGGCCAACCAGCAAGCCUACGAGCAGUUCAUCAAUACGUGGCUUCAGCAGGCGAGUCUCACCCUCAACCGGCCGGAUCUCCUGAAGUUCCUGAAGCCGAUCGCAACGGCCACCGCCCCGACGCCGGCUCCAGCGGCCGCGCCUGCCAUCGGGCAAAGCGUCGUCCCCAGCCUCGCUGAACCAGAGGUCGCUAUCGCGCUGGAUGAGGUCGUCCCGUCGGUGGCAGUUGAAGAGGCUCCCGCUGAGCCAUCUCCGUCCCCUGCCGAUGUCUUCGUUGAGACACAGGACGCCGCUGCUCCUGCCGAGGAAUUGCCCUUCUUCCAGGAUGUGCUGGUUGCUGGCGAAGUCGAGGUGGGCCCCGUCGCUGAGGUCGCCCCCAUGGCCGCUGAAGCCGAGGUCGCCCCCGUGGCCGCUGAAGCCGAGGUCGUCCCCAUGGCCGCCGAAGCCGAGGUCGUCCCCGUGGCCGCCGAAGCCGAGGUCGCCCCCAUGGCCGCUGAAGCCGAGGUCGUUCCCAUGGCCGCCGAAGCCGAGGUCGUCCUCGUGGCCGCCGAAGCCGAGGCUCAAGGCAUCCCAGUUGAGGCAGAGCCGAGCCCCGUGGCCGCCGAGGCUGAGGUAGUUCUCGAGCCCCUGGUGGCAGCCGAGGCCCCCCCGUCGCUGGCAGAGCUGGACGCCAGCACCGUCCUCCUCGCCACCGAGGCCCCCCUGCCCCUUUUCCCCUCGUCCCCGAGCCCGUCGCCGAGGAGCCCCGGCAGGAGUCCGCCCCAACAGCCAGGAGUUUCAGCUCCGUGAACCGCGUGCUGGAAGUGGCCCCGGCGGAAGAGCCGACGCCAGUGGCCCAGCCCGCCUCGGCAGUACAGCAGGCUGUCCCUGUCACGAACCCUGCCUUCCCCGGCGCCGUCUUCUU